AUGCUGGGUCGUCGUUCGCAGAGUCACGAGCUUAUACCAUACGACCCUGAACUAGAGAACACACUUCGUUAUCUCCGUCGAGAUAAAAAUAAGCAAGAUACACUUCCAAUCAAGAUGGGAGACGCGUUGGAACUUAACAACCUCACCCGACCUUUGAAGGAUUUCACGGUUCCUAAAGCAUUGGACCAGCCGUCUUGCAUUGCAUAUCCAGCCACUACAACCACCUUUGAGAUCAAGAGUGGCACCAUUCACCUUUUGCCACAAUUCUAUGGCAAGGUUGGGGAUGAUCCUCACAUACAUAUCAAGGAUUUCUUUGCUGUGUGCGCAACUAUGCACAAUGGAGGGAUUAGUGAUGAGGCAAUCAGAUUGCGUUUGUUUCCAUUCUCACUCAAGGAACGAGCCAAGGAGUGGCUCUAUUCUUUACCUAGUGCAUCUAUCACCACAUGGACAGCAUUGGCUUCCAAGUUCCUUGCAAAGUUCUUUCCAGCUCAAAAGACAAACCAUAUUAGGAAGGAGAUCAUGGGAGUGCAGCAACUAGAUGGAGAAUCAUUUCAUGAGUAUUGGGAUCGGUUUCAAAGACUCCUAGCUUCGUGCCCUCAUCACCAAAUUGAAGAUUGGCUACUUAUGCAAUACUUUUAUGAGGGAUUACUUGAUUCGGAGAGGAUGAUGGUUGAUGCUACUAGUGGAGGAGGCUUGAUGAACAAGAGUGCUACUCAAGCUAAGGAGAUGUUUGAGAACAUUGCAGCAAACUCUCAACAAUUUAAUUACCGGAGAGCUCCCCCAAAGAAAGCAGGUGUUUAUGAGGUAAGUGCUAGUGAUAUUGGUCCUCAAAUAGCUAAUUUGACUAACCUUGUUAAGCAAUUAAUCCCUCAAGCACAAGUGUGUGCCGUGUGUGCUAAUCCCGGACAUCCUACGGAGUCUUGUCCAAGUUUGUAUGGUGACGGAGAAGAGAUGGCUCAAGCACACUAUAUGCAGCAACAAAAGCCAAGAAACGAUCCUUUUUCUAACACCUAUAAUCCGGGAUGGCGGCAACACCCUAACUUUGGAUGGAAGAACAACCAAAAUGUGCAAACAGCCCCAGUUCAACAAAAUCAGUUUGUUCCUCAACAAAAUGCACCACCACCUCAUGGGCAAGGUAAGUCUUUAGAAGAGUUAAUUAAUUCUUUGGCAUUAAGCACUCAAGGUUUUAUGCAGGAAACAAGGCAAACACAGGCACAAAUGUCUACAGCAAUCAAGAGCCUUGAAAACCAAGUUGGACAAAUUGCAGCCUCCUUGAGUCAAAGAGAGCCAGGAAAGUUUCCAAGCCAAGUAAUUCCAAAUCCUAAUGGAGGCCAUGAAACAGCAAAGGCGAUUACUCUUCGAAGUGGAAAAGAGGUGGCAAAUGUUGACAAGGAGGAGAGAAAUUCAACCAAAACAGUGGCUGCCCCUUUUCCAAGCUUACGGUUCCAAGUGACAACUCUAAGGUUUUUGAAUUCAAAGAAGGAGCAAGUUUCAAAGGAUAUCCUAGAGACUUUCCGAAAAGUGCAAGUGAACAUUCCCUUGCUUGAUGCGAUCCAACAAAUUCCAAGCUAUGCAAAAUUCCUCAAAGACCUUUGUACAAAUAAGAGAAAGUUCAAGGAGCAUGAAACCGUGGCCUUGAGUGAAGAAGUCUCAGCUGUGCUAUUGCGUAAAUUGCCUCCUAAACUAAAGGAUCCAGGGAGUUUUACUAUACCUUGUCUCAUUGGAAAUCAAAGGUUUGAACAUGCUUUAUUAGACUUAGGUGCUUCAAUUAAUUUGAUGCCUUUUUCUGUUUUUGAAUCUUUAAAUUUAGGUGAGCUUAAGAAGACUUCCGUGAGCAUACAAUUGGCUGAUCGAUCAAUCAAGUAUCCUAAGGGAGUGUUGGAAGACGUUUUGGUCAAGGUGAAUGAGCUAAUUUUUCCAGCUGACUUUCUAGUGCUCGAGAUGGAGGAAGUUCCUAUUCCUGGAAAAGACCUUCCAUUGAUUCUAGGACGUCCAUUCAUGAGAACAGCAAGGACAAAAAUUGAUGUGUAUGAAGGCACUCUCACAAUGGCAUUCGAUGAGGAAACCGUGGAGUUUAAGGUAUUUGAUGCUUUAAAAUAUCCUAACGAUGAUCAUGCUUGUUUUUCCAUAGAUGUACUUGAACAAAUGGUACAAGAAACAUUUAGUGCAUCACAAGGAGAGACGCCAUUGGAGAGGGCACUCAUCCAAAGCCCCGAAACAGUGAAUAAAGAAGGGAACAUAGCUGUACUUGAAGCUGUGAAUAUACUUGAGGCCUUGCCUCCCCAAAGAGGUGACAAAAAGACGCUGCCUGUGAUCAUUGCUUCUAAUUUGAGUGCAUCCGAAGAAGACAAACUAAUUCGAGUUCUAAGGGAGCACAAGACUGCCCUAGGUUGGACCAUUGCAGACAUCAAGGAAUAA